CGGUUGUGCUGGAAGAGGCAGAGAGAGACCUACGCCAAACAGCAGCUCUCUGUGGUGACAAGGAGAGGGUGCUCGCACCCUCGCUCCUGCUGCUGUCACUAUCAUGAGGGGCAGACUUAAGGGGAUGUGGAUUUUUCCCUUGCUCUUAGCUGGCUUAGUUCAGCCAAAUCUGGGACAGGAGCAACAGAAGGUGGACUGCUAUGAGUCAACUUUAGGAACGAUCUAUGACUAUGGAGCUCUCUCCAUACAUGGUGAUGAGUACAUCCCCUUCCAGAAGUAUGCGGGGAAGUUGCUCCUCUUUGUAAAUGUGGCCACCUACUGAGGACUCACAAUGCAGUACCUUGAACUGAAUGCACUACAAAUUGAACUGGAACAUCAUGGAUUAAUCAUCCUGGGCUUCCCAUGCAAUCAAUUUGGAAAACAAGAACCUGGAGAGAACUCAGAAAUCCUUCCAGCACUGAAAUACGUCAGACCUGGAAGCAAUUUUGUCCCGAAUUUCCAGCUCUUUCAGAAAGGCGAUGUGAAUGGGGAGAAAGAACAGAGAGUCUACACCUUCCUGAAGAACUCCUGCCCGCCUGUUGUAGAAAGCUUUGGUGACCCCAAGAAACUUUUUUGGGAACCUCUGAAGAUCCAUGAUAUCAAGUGGAACUUUGAGAAGUUUUUGGUUGAUAUGGAUGGGAAGCCUGUGAUGAGGUGGUUCCCCAGAACAACUGUCGCCACUGUGAGAAAUGACAUCCUAACAUACAUGAGGAAGAAGAAGAUGCAUGGAUAGAGUCCAUAGAGGUGAAGAGAAAUGAGGUGGAGGUGAGGCAGGGAGGGAGCCUGUGACUUUAUCCAGAAUCAUACCUUUUCUCCCAAGUGAAACAAACAAGGAUCUGAACUUCCUUUAGUCAAAGCCAAAAGAUUUCCUGAAUACCCUAUCUCAAUGGACAUAAUGCCAAACCCUUUGGGAAAGAAGCUGAUCCCAGCUUCCUUCAAUCAUCCAGACUUCUAUUGCUUUAACUUCCACAUUGUGCAAGUAGGAUCUGCCCUGGCAAUCACUGUAGUAGCCCACUAUAUUGAAUCAGAAGGCCAUUAGUAGAGCUGCGUGAAGCACAAAAAACAAGGCCCUCCUUUAGUUUUGCCCUUAUAGGAUACAGCAGCAUUAAAGACACAGAGGACAUUUAUCCUUCUCUUUGUUAACAUAUUCAUGUAAAAAUAUACACAGCAGUCUUUAGCCAUCAGGUGUUCUAAGCCAAGCCACACUUGCCUCCAACUGCAUAACCAAGAGCUUUGUGGCACCUUGAAAGCUAUAGAUUUGUUGUGGCAUAAGCUUAUAUGGCCGGAACAUAAUCAGCUGCAUUUGCGCAUGUAACCUUUAUUUACAAUCCUUUGCUCCCAUUCGAUGGAGUCAACAUUUCAGGCAUCCCCUGGAUAAGGCAGUCUACCUCCCUUCGCCAGAAAACGCAACGGACCGUGCCAAGUGGACUGGAGUUUCUCAUACUGUUGGUCUCCUCAGAGAGUGGAAGAGACGAGAAAGGGUUCUGGGGACAAGGAAGAUGCAUCUGUAUGACGGCUAGGUCUGAAAGCUCCCAAAGAGUGGACCUGGCCCAAGCCUGCAAGGCCAUGGAAUAGCUCUUCAGUGCAUUCAAGCUGCUCCACAACUCGCCUUGCAGAGAUGCAUUCCUCCUUCUCACUCCCAAGAUCCUAGCCUCUUUUGCCUCCACACCCACCCUGUAAAUGAAACUGCCUAAUAAAAACCGCAAACACUCA